AUGUCUACCGCAUAUCCUGAUGAAAUCAGGGCUUCGCCUGAGGCGGCCUCGCCGGUGAGCCCGGCUUCUUCAACCGGCCAGAUUCCUUUGGAACAGCCGCCAAAACUCAAGGGACGUCAUAAGUUGUUGCAGAGUCUUCAACGGAUCUCGUCCAGCCCUAGUUUGACCAGGCGGGGCCGGUCCCAUUCCACGGGAUACCGCCGGGAUGGUAAGGCGUCUUUGUCCUGUGUGUCACUCUCGCAAUCGGCAUAUACCCCCUGUCUGGGCAAUGGAAGUACAUCUCAGCUCUAUGGUGGAUUAAAUGCCCGUCCGAUAACCCCCGGCUCUAGCUUUCCGGCAGAUCAUGAUGGAAAUGCCCGUAUCCGCCUCGUCGGCUCCGAUUCGCCUAAUGCCACCCACCCGCGCACAGUUCCUCUGCCCACUGACUUGCGACCUGGAUCUCGUGGGGCCAUGUUGGGGAUGGAUGCGGUUGACGAGGCUGCUACUGCACGGUCGACCCCGAAGCCCAAGCGGGUCUUUGAUUUCUGGGGGAAUAUGCCUGACGAGUUGAAGAUGCGGAUCUUCCAGUACCUCACUCCGAAGGAGAUUGUCCGUUGCUCUGCCGUUUCCAAAACAUGGAAUAAAAUGUGUUAUGAUGGACAGCUGUGGACCGAGGUUGACACCACAGACUACUACCGUGAAAUCCCAAGCGAUGGUCUUGUGAAGCUCAUCACAGCCGGCGGUCCAUUUGUUCGCGAUCUCAACCUCCGCGGAUGUAUUCAAUUGAAGGAUAAGUGGCAAACCGAGGGUGACCGCAUCACCGACCUAUGCCGGAACUUGGUCAAUUUCUCGCUGGAGGGAUGCCGCAUUGACAGAUCCUCGAUUCACUACUUCCUUUUGCGGAAUCCCCGCCUGCAGUACAUCAACUUAUCCGGAUUGUCGUCUGUCAGCAACUCUGCCAUGAAGAUCAUCGCGCAGUCCUGCCCACAACUCGAAAUCUUGAAUGUGUCCUGGUGCACUGGUAUUGACACCUCUGGACUGAAGAAGAUUGUGAAGGCUUGUGAAAAGUUGAAGGACCUCCGCGCGAGUGAAAUUCGUGGUUUCGAUGACGUCGACUUCGCUGUCAACGUGUACGAGCGAAAUACCCUGGAACGCCUGAUCAUGAGCCGCACCGAGCUUACAGACGAGUGCCUCAAAGCGCUUAUGCACGGCGUCGACCCGGAAAUGGAUCUUCUCGAGGAACGGCCGAUUGUCCCUCCCCGGCGGUUGAAACACCUGGACAUUCACCAGUGCCCGGAGUUGACGGACGACGGGGUGAAGAGUCUCGCUCACAAUGUGCCGGAUCUCCAAGGCCUGCAACUUUCGCAGUGCUCUGAGCUGACCGACGAAUCUGUUAUGGCGGUGAUCCGGACCACCCCUCACUUGACCCAUCUCGACCUGGAGGAUAUGGAGCGACUGUCGAACAACACACUUAUCGAGCUUGCCAAGUCCCCGUGUGCUGCGCGUCUGGAGCACCUCAACAUUAGUUAUUGCGAGGCCAUCGGCGACAUUGGAACCUUGCAGAUCAUGAAGAACUGCCCCUCGCUUCGCUCUGUGGAAAUGGACAACACGCGAGUAUCCGAUUUGACCUUGAUGGAGGCCAGCUUCCGCGUGCGCCGGCGCGGCUAUGACGAGAAUCUUCCUCGGAUCGGCCUGCGUCUGGUCGUCUUCGACUGCGCCAACGUGACCUGGGCUGGGGUGAAGGAGGUUCUGUCAAGCAAUGCCUAUCUUCCGCGCGCCACUCGCAAAUCUAUGCAAGCAGUCUCUGUCGUCACUCACACGGUCGAUCCGAGUCAGUCCACGACAGUGAUCGCUUCCUCGAUCACCCCUCCGCCACCCCCGCCCGUAUACCCAAAUGAAAUCAUUCACCUCAAGUGCUUCUACGGCUGGCAGAUGACCGUGGAUGAGCACAACAAGCGAGUCCUCCGUGGUGACCUAGUAGCCGCGAGCAGGCUGGAUCGCAAAUGGGCCGAAUACAUGAUGGCAACCGAAGAAGCCGGUGCUCCAGGGGCCGGGGUGAGAAGAAGACGGCGCCGAGCCCGUGAAGCGGAGAGGAUUUACAACGAUGACGACGAGGAUGCCGCUUAUGGAGUAGGGGUGAUCCCAACACUUGGGGCUGGCAGACGACGACACACCGAAGGCGGCGGCGGCACAGGAGGCUGCAGCGUCAUGUAG